AUGACUUCUAUCUCAGGAUUCGUCUUCGUAAAUGACAUGGAGUUGGGGCGCAAAUACGGGACGCGCGUGAAUCAUACGACCAUAGAAAUCAAGGAUAUAGACGGCACUUACACUGUGCUUUUAAAGUUGUUCCCGAAUAAUUUGAAAUCCACGUACUUGCUUGACGACUUGGAUAGCGUACAGUCUCACGAGAAGAAAGUCGUGCUGAAAUUUUUGAAACCGAAUCAUGAGUUGCUUGUAAUGUCCGACGAUGUUGACAAAGUGACGAAUUUCUUAAAGGAUCUGAGGUUCCUCAACAAAAAUCUGAUCUUGAACAUCGGUGAAUCCUUUCUAUCCAAUGCUCUAAAAGCCUUCGGGUAUAUUAACAACAACCCCAACAGAAUGCAAAAUUUUAACCCAGCUCACCUGAGAAUGAUCGCCUUGGAAAACUGCUAUUUACCACAUUUGCCUGAAGGGAUUGGACAUUUAACGCUUUCGAGUCUUAGCCUGAAUGGUAGUAGACUUAAUAUGUCAAAAUACGGUCAAGAUUUAUUCUGGGAUUGGAUGACGAAGGAUAAUAUAAGUACAUCGUUGAAUGUGUUGGAAAUGAAUUCGAUCGGCUUAAACAAAUUGCCGUUUGAAAUCAUUCAUUUGAAACGUUUGCAAACAUUGUCAGUGUCCAAUAAUAAAUUGACUCAUUUACCUCAUUUCAUCGGCGAACUUCCACAACUCGUAACUCUAAUGAUUGAUGGUAACUCGUUAUGGUACUUUCCAGAAAUCUUAUUGGAUAAAGCCUAUAAGACUCUUCAAAUUUUCAAUAAUCGAUUUAUCUAUUUGAAGUUCAAUAAGGAACAGCGCGGAAAUGUUGAAUUCACUGGUUUACAAAAUCCGCCAAAAUUAUCGGAUGUAUCAGUUUUGUCCCUGAUUAACAACAGUAUAAAAUUCAAGAGACAAGAAAUACCUCGUCCCCUAUGGAACAGUUAUGAUUUUGUAUGCCGUUGUAGACUUUGUAAGAAGCUAUUUGUAUUCGAUGAAAAAAAUCAAAAGUUCACUUUUUCCAUUCCAAAAACAGAGCAAAUGGUGCGUAUUGAAAGCAUACAUUGGCAAUUUUUCAAGUGUCCUUCAUGUGUGCGUUUAGAAAAUAUUAACGCUUAA